AUGGCUCAAUUCCAGCCUAAUACCUUAGUCACCCAUGGCCCUCUAGCCACGAACGCCUUCUGCACCACCGACGAUGACGCCCACGAAUGCCUCUCCAAGGCACACCUCGAGCGCCUCGGCCGCCAGCGCCCAGCCGUCUUCUCUAGCUGGCUCACCGAGGUUGGCUUCGUAUUCACUGUCGUCAUGUCCAUGAUGAUGAGCGAGUUCUUUGUUAGCGGCUUCAACAUCAUCCUGCCACCCGUCUCCGAGGCUUUGCACUUGGAUGAUUCAGCCCAGACGUGGCCUGCUGCUGUCACAAAUUUGACAAUUGCUGCGCUUCUCUUACCCUUUGCGCGGCUGUGUGACAUUUAUGGUGGCCGCACCAUCUUCCUCGCGGGCCAUGAAUCGGCUCUGCUGCCUUUUUUGCCUGCUGGUCUCUCCCUCUUGGGCUGCACAUAUCGACCUGGUCCUCGCAAGAACUUGAUAUUCGGCAUCUACGGUGCUUUUACUUGCAUCGGCUUCUAUUUUGGUAUAUUCAUUGGUUCCGUGGCGGCCGGAUUUCUCGAUUGGCGAUGGUACUUUUGGCUGGGAGGCUGCAUUGUCGGAAUUGUCGCUUUGGGUGGCAUUUUCGUCAUCCCGAAUAACCUGGAUGAUACUGAUCCAAAGGCUCGUAUGGAUUGGCUGGGUGCAAUCACCAUUGUGUCUGGGUUGGUUUUAGUCGUCUAUGCAUUAACAGAUGGCGGCCAUGCACCGGACGGUUGGGCGACGCCUUACAUUUAUGUCACUCUUAUACUCGGUGUCCUCAUUCUUGUAGGUGCCGUUUACAUCCAGGGAUGGGUCUCGAGUCAACCUCUUCUUCCCGCAGAUCUCUUUCGUCCCAAGUAUAUGAAACGUCUGAUAGGAUCCCUUUUCUGUGCCUAUGGUGUCUAUGGACUUUAUCUCUUUUACGCCAGUUUCUAUAUUGAAAACAUCCUACACGCAAGUCCCAUCCUGACGGCGGCGUGGUUUACGCCACUUGCUGUUGGUGGCGUGUUUCUCGCCAUCGGAGGAGGCUGUAUUCUUCACAUUAUCCCGAAUCAUAUUCUCAUGAUUAUUUCUGGCCUAGGGUUCAUCCUCAGUGUUUUGCUCUUUGCCCUGAUACCAGAGCAGUCCGUGUCCAGGAACCCAUCGAUUAGCUUCAUCUACUGGGCUUAUAUCUUCCCAGCCAUGGUUGGCGGAACCAUUGGCGUAGAUAUUAUUUUCAACGUAACCAACAUCUACAUUACGACGGCUAUGCCGCGACGACUCCAAGCUGCGGCUGGCGGAGUCAUAAAUAGUCUGUUAUAUGUCGGUAUUGCCUUUUGGCUGGGUAUUGGUGAACUAGCUAUAUCAACAACAGAAAGCUCAUGGGGAGAGUCUUUGCCCAAGCGCAAACAAUAUCAGAUUGGCUUUUGGACAGGAUUGGGUGUUGCCGGGCUAUCGUUGGUGCUGACACUAACAAUUCGCAUGGGCCGAGCUUCUUCUGGAAUGACGGCGGACGAAAAGGCCGAAAUAGAACACAGAGGAAUGAGGCAGACUGGCGUAGUUUGUGAGGCUUGGUAG